AUGGCUCGUUCCAGUUCUAUCGUGGCUCCUUUGCUGGUGCUGGCUUCAGUUGCCCUGGCCGUCUUCAGCUUCGGUCCUGAUGCCUUUGUGGCAGCACCUCAGGCGGUUGAGACCCGUGCGUUGCAGCACCAAGCCGCCAGCGCCAUGAUGGGCGCCACCCUUGCUGCAGCCGCCUCGCCGUUGCCAGCCCUGGCCGCGCGCGUGGAAGAGGAGGACGAGGGCUUCGACCUGCGCAUUCUGGCAGUCCUGGCUUUGCCUUUGUUCGCCGUCAGCUGGGCCUUGUUCAACGUGUGGCGUGUGGCCUUCCGCCAGGUGGUCCGCAUCGGCGAGAGCGAGAAGGGCAAUCCUCUCUGA